AUGUCACAAGAAAGUAUGUCUUACCGACCUAUGGUAACCACAACUGAAGAAUUGAACGAUGAAAAAUGGUCGAUGACCGAUCGAUUAACUCCGAUAGGCGGUCCGUCAUCAGAUGCGGAAUAUAGCAAAAGUGCCGACGAAGAAUUCAAUGAAAGAGACGUAUUGUUAGAAGAACACGAACAAUUAACAACUUCACUUGCUGCGCUAACUCGUCAUUUUGCACAUGUGCAGCUACGGUUACAGCAAGUUGUGUCCGCACCCACGCCUGAGGACCGUGAGAACUUACUUUUAGAGUUACAUGAAUUCGCAUCGAAUGGUAUACCAGACAUCAUGUGUCAAUCAACUAUUGAUGUCCAUGAACAAGUGAUCGAAGGAGAGAAAUGCCGUGAAAAAGAAUUUAUCAAUGAAUUAAAACAAAAAUUGGAUGAACUGGAACAUUAUGCAGCUGCAUCUGGUUCGUUGGAGGGCGCACCAACGUCUGUGAUGAUAGAAAAACAGCGAAUACUUAUCGAUCAAUUAAGACACAAACUUCAUCUUCAAUUGGAUGAUGCCUCUGUUUCAAAAUUAUCUGCUGAAGAAUUAAGAAAAUUGGUGGACCAAGCUAUAUAUCAGUUAACAAAUCCAGUAAAACUGAAAGAAAACUUAAUUAAUCAAAUGCGUACCCAAAUCGGUGAUUUAGAAAAAUUCAUUGAAUUUCUUAAAAGUGACUCUACCAAUUCAGCAGUAGCGGCAGUGACGACAAAUGAUUCUGCUCCAUCUUCUCCUCAAAGUGUCGAAACACCCUUACUCAUCAAACCGAAAUCUCAUUCUACAACUGUCCUUCCGCCAUCAAAGAUUUCGCAACCAACAAAUCCAUUUUCGUCCGGUUCUCAAACUGAACACCAUUCAUCGACCAUAGCACAAUCCUUGAAAAAACUCUUCGUUUUAACUCAGCUCUACACGUUUUUACUACUAACCUGUGGUACGCGAUCAAUGAACAAAAACAAAACUAGAUCAACGCCAAAUACAAAAAAGGAUGUCAUCGCAAAAAAGCAUUUUGGAGACGUUCGGGCUAAGCUUGAAAUGGCCAUCGAAAAUGUUAUCAAAGCCGUUCAAUCAAAUCAAAUAGUGCCAAGUGAUAUCGAUGACACUGCAGAAAAUGAAUGUGAUUCAACAGGAGUGAUUUUCUCUGUUCGAAACGAACUUGCACCUGCCCUUCGUUCUUUACUGGAACAUGGUCUUUACGAAACUAGUUAUUCAACAUCUCUGACGAUCUUCGGAUGUUUUGCAAGUAAAUCAGCUAAUAAUAAUUCGACGUCGAGUGAGACAAUGCAUGCGUGGAAGUUAUUUCUGAAAUAUUAUGAAUUAAAACAUGGAGAUGAAUUUGUCAACAGUCCAGCUCGUAAACUUUCCCAGACCUUUUCACUGGAUGUUGUCGGUGGUAAAGUAAUAACAAUGAGACAAUCUUUGUUAAGUGGUAUUGAUAUGGUUGUGAAAUUACAUGAAAAGCAUGCCAAGUCAAUGGAUGUAUGCUUCAAAUCAUUCGUAUGUCAUGCGUUGAAUGAAAAGAAACUUGUUCCAUUUCUUCGAAUUAUUCUCAAAACUGGACAAAUCGUUGAAAAUGAUUAUCAACCAUGGAGUUACACAAAACAAACUGGCUUUAAUGAUGCUCUUCAUUCACUUACUCGGUUGAGCUCAAUUGAUUUUCGACUUCCAGUUGAUCUUGCCGUUCGUCGCUUCGUCAGCAAUCAAGACUUGAUCGAAUAA